AUGGAAAACAUCCAGCAUAAGCAUGUAGAAGUUAGAGGACUGAAGCUUCAUGUAGCUGAAAUCGGAAGCGGACCAAAGGCGGUGGUUUUCCUCCAUGGAUUUCCAGAAAUAUGGUACACUUGGAGGCAUCAACUGGUUUCUGUGGCAAGCAAAGGCUACAGGGCAAUAGCCAUUGAUUUCAGGGGCUAUGGUCUUUCAGAGCAGCCAGCUGAACCUGAGAAUGACACCUUCAUCGACCUUGUCCACGAUGUGGUUGCCCUUUUGGAUUCUUUGGCCAUUGAUAAGGCUUUUCUUGUUGGGAAAGAUUUUGGAGCUUUUCCUGCAUACCUAGUAGCUGCUCUCCACCCAGAGCGGGUAUCCGGCAUCAUAACCCUAGGUAUUCCUUUCAUGCUACCAGGCCCCUCUGCUGUCCAAAACCAUCUCCUCCCCGAAGGCUUCUACAUAUCAAGGUGGCAGGAGCCAGUGGGGCGCGCAGAAGCAGAUUUUGGCCGCUUUGAUGUUAAGACGGUGAUAAGGAACAUCUACAUUCUGUUCUCUAGAAGUGAGAUUCCAAUAGCUGCUGCUGAUCAAGAAAUCAUGGAUUUGUUUGACCCUGCAACUCCUCUACCACCAUGGUUUUCUGAGGAAGAUCUCUCAGUCUAUGCAUCUUUGUAUGAGAAAUCUGGAUUCCGUUAUCCUUUGCGAGUUCCUUACAGAACUUUAGCAGUAGAUUGCGGUUUAACUGAUCCAAAAGUCUCAGCUCCAUCACUGCUUAUCGUGGGUGAGAAGGACUACGUCUUAAAAUUUCCGGGGAUCGAAGACUACAUACGGACUGGGGCAGUGAAGCAUUUCGUGCCUGAUCUGGAAAUUACAUAUAUGGCAGAGGGAAAUCAUUUUGUGCAUGAACAGUGUCCAGAGCAAGUCAAUCAGCUAAUCAUCUCCUUCCUUGACAAACAUGGCAUCUGA